AUGGUUCUUUCAUUCAUACUGGUGCAGAACCGCCAGGGUAAGACACGCCUGGCGAAGUGGUAUGCGCCUUAUAGCGAUGAGGAGAAAAUAAAACUCAAGGGCGAAGUUCAUCGCCUUGUCGCUCCCAGGGAUCAGAAGUAUCAGUCCAACUUUGUUGAGUUCAAGCGGAGUACAAAGAUUGUAUACCGGAGAUAUGCAGGGCUGUUCUUCUGUGUGUGCGUUGACGCGACGGACAAUGAGCUAGCCUAUCUAGAGGCUAUACAUUUCUUCGUCGAGGUCCUGGACCAGUUCUUUGGCAAUGUCUGCGAGCUGGAUCUGGUGUUCAACUUUUACAAGGUAUAUGCGAUUCUUGAUGAGGUGUUUCUCGCGGGCGAAAUCGAGGAAACAAGCAAACAGGUUGUGCUUACGAGGCUGGAACACUUGGAUAAGCUAGAGUGA